AUGACAGUGGCGAACAUUGAAGAGUAUCGGCAGCUCUUCGAGGACAGGCAAACCCUGUACGGCUCCUGGGACACCUUGUUCACCAACACCAGCAAUAUCGCAAGGAUGUUUGGGAAGUACUUCAACGGAUCCGAGCACAUGGACUUCCUCUGCACUGCUAUUGAUAGCAUGAGAGACACCAGCGUCCAUGACUCGGUGGUGGCCAGGCACAUGCUGCAUGAGAUCCUGAUGGUCCCCGGCCCAAGGUUGGAGAGGGUGUCGGAGGCUGUGAUGAGCAUUUACAAGAACCUGGACUCCAUCAGCGAGCCGCUGUCCCGGAAGGAGCUGUUCAGGGCCCUUCUCGUGCUGGGCAACCAGUACAGCGAGGAGGUGGUCAGAACCCUGCUGGGCUGCUCGCUGUCAUGUGACAGCGUUGCUGCGGAGAUGUGGCGGAUGCUGGCAUCCCACUGCCAGACCAUAGAAAAGGUCCUAAAGGAGCUGCUCAACACGCUGCAGGAGCAGCCGCUGCACCACCAUCAUGUCUCUCAGAGAGAGGCCCCCUUGGCCGUAAGUAUCAGCCCCUGCAGCAAGGGAAGGAGCGCCGUGUGUCCCCAUCACUGCCUGAGGGUGUCUCUCAGUCUCCCACUGGGUAUAGUCAUUGGACCGAAGAGAGAGAGCGUGUCUCUAGCCAGUGCUAUAGUCGAGCCGGAACACGCCGAAACGCUCUCCUGGUGCUAUUCAGCAGCACUCCUAGAACCACAGGGUGAGAAGGGAUCGCAGGGUCAGCUUGUCCAGCCCCCUGCCACGAGGCAGGACUUGUUGUGUCUAACCCACCCCAGACAGAUGGCUCCAGCCUCCUUCUGA